CAUCCUACACGCGUGCACGCCCCAAAACGACACACAGGACUGCACCAUGGGUGGAUCGUGGCGAGUCGGGUUCGCCCUGCUGUCGGCGUUCGCCUCAGGAACCACGGGCUUUGUGUUGAAAGCUCCCCUGCCGAACAACGGCGCGGCGGCUUCGGCGGUACGAAGACCGGCAACAGCGGCAUGCCCGCUCUACGCCGCUCGCUCAACCGUGGCGGCAGGAAGUGAUGGCGUCGCCGCCCCUCCUCCUCGCACACCAUGGACCUGUCUCGCGCCCGGCGGAAAGGUCGGGCGGGCAAAGGUCUCCCUGGAGAGGGCGGUAACCUCGGUGGCCGCGCCAAAGUCGGAGUCCGCACAGGAAACCAAGAAAAAGCAGGUGACGAAGACGAAGCGAGCGACAGAGACGGAGGACGCGCCCAUGUUCCAGGUGCUCGUGAUCGGCGACGAGGAGUACAACCGAGAGCACGUGGUCAUGUCCAUCCAGGACAUCGUCCCGGACACGGACAACACACGGGCGGCAGAGAUUUUCGAGGAGGCCCAGGAGGGAGGCAAGGGCUUCUGCGGCACCUACCCGGAGGAAGAGGCCGAGCUCUACGUCGAGCAGUUCACGCGCUGCGAGCCAAUCAUCUACGCCGAUAUGGAGAAGGAAGGGGCACAGAAGGGAGCCGAGGCAGGAGCCUCCGCAUGAUUUUUCGGGCCGCAUGCGUUGCAUGGAUGAGAGCUGGGCGGCAGAUUCGGAGGCAAGGGGGCAGCGAGGGUUCCGGUGCGCGUGCUGUUCGGCACUCUGUUGUGUUCGCUUCCUCAUCCUCCCCAAUGUCUCACGGUGGAACCGGAGUGUUGUUGUGAUUGGGAGGGGGGCAGGAGGCACGGCGGGAGUAACCCCUUGUUUCUGUGUCGUUUCUUGACCUGUUGAACUUCCAGAAACCCGACCACGUCUCGGCUUCCUCUCAAGGAUCCAAGAGCUGAUCGUUUUAGCGUUUUAGAAGACCGUGUUGACGGACACGGCAAUGGAUAAACAAGCACUCGCUCUCUUGCAGACGUACGACGGCGUUUUCCGUCCUCCGUUGUGGUGGUACUAUUGUUUAUCUUGCCUUGUCCGUAAAAGAAAAAAAUAACAGUAUAACUUGUUUCUCCUGUUGCUCUCUGUUGUG